AUGGUGACCAUGAUGAAGAUGCAGAGGAUUCCGUCAUUAGCCGAGACUACCUCCAAACAUCCGAAAGUACAAGUGCACCUUUCCCCUCGCUUCAACGGUGUCGACCUACGACCCCAAGCAAAACAGUGCGCUUCAACGUGCUCAAGGUUAUCAAGGCUGCCGGCACCAAGAAGUUCCAGAAGUUCGGAUACUACACCCCUGUUCAUACACUUUUCUGGACCCUUCCGGCAUCUUCCUCGGUCCGGAUUGUGCUUCCGGUGCAAAGGUCACGGACAAGAUGGCUCUGCCCGUGCAGGUCCCUCUCGGGUUAUCAAACUCAGCCAUUGCUUUGCGGUGUGUUUCUCUGCGGGCGUGGCCUACAGAGCCAAGCGCUACCGUUACCUGAAACCCCAAGCAGAAAAGGAGAAGAGUAUUAGCAGCUGA